AUGGCAGAAGUACCAGUAAACUCGACUUGUUUAUCUGGAGGAGUCGGGGUUGUACUCACCCGAUCUGAGAGCUGCAGUCUCGGUUUCUACUGCCCUAAUAACACCGCAGCACAUCCACCAGAAUACUGCCCCCCAACACCGGAAUGCCAGAUCAUACGAAUGGGAGGCUCAAACUGUGAGCCACAAGGUCUCUACGAACCCAUCGUAUGUCCGAGAGGCAGCUACUGUCCAAAAGGUGGAAAGGAAAAGAUCAAGUGCCCCGCAGGACACUGGUGCCCAAUGGGAUCAUUUGAGCCAUUGAAAUGCGGGAGUGGAACAAUUUGUCGUGAAGGGAGUUCAAAUAAAAAGCCGGUUAUGGGGUUUGGUAUUUCGGUAGCCAUUGAUAUAAUUUUGGUUAUAACGUUGUUUGGGUUUGGUGCCUGGAAGAAAGUAAUGGGUAGGAAUGUGGGGAGAAAGAGGGCAAUGGAACAGACCUACAACAGAAGUGAGCUGUCAAUGCAGUCAGGAGCACCGGUGACAAAAGGCCCGGAAUUCUCGAUGAGUGAGACUACGGAUGGGAAGAAUGUCAUUAGUGAAGUUAAUCCAAAUAAGGUGCUACCAGGAUCGGAUAUUGAGACUAGCCACGUCGUUGACGACGUCGAGGAGUUAAUGGAAGAAACGAACGAGGAGUUGAAAAAACUCGUGGAAUCCUUUGGAAAAUGUAUCGAUGGAAACCGUUUUGGCCUAUCGUUUGAUUUUCAGGAGUUGGAACUGACCUUUAGGAAUGGGCGGCAGUUGUUGGCGGAUGUUAGUGGGAGUAUUGAAAGAGGAUCGAUGUGGGGGGUUAUGGGUCCUUCUGGAGCUGCUACCUUCAUGAAUGUUCUCAUGGGGAAGAUUGAUAAGACCUCUGGGUCUCUUUUCGUCAACGGCGUGAGAGAGGAUAUGAGAGUGUAUAAGCGCAUCAUUGGCUAUGUCCCCCAAGACGACGUCGUUCUUGCAGAAUUGUCUGUUCGUCAAAACAUUCUACACAGCGCUAGAGUGCGCCUCCCAUCCAGCUGGUCCGAGUCAAUGAUACAGGAUCACGUUGAUCGGAUCAUCUCGUGCCUUUCACUUACUCACAUACAACACUCUCUCGUCGGCGAUGCGAUUCGUCCUGUGAUUUCUGGUGGACAGAGGAAGCGAGUAAAUAUCGGCAUAGAACUGGCCGCAGCGCCGAUGGCGUUGUUUUGUGAUGAGCCAACAUCGGGACUCGACUCCACUGCUGCUUUGCAAGUCGUGAAGCUUCUUCAGGCAAUCAGUAAGCUUGGCGUCACAGUGGUGUCUGUGAUUCACCAACCGAGAACGGAGAUUUUUGAGUGUCUAGAUAACAUCCUCCUGAUAUCCGAUGGAAGACCGCUUUGGCAGGGUGGGAGAGUAGAUAUGAUCACAUAUUUCAAAUCUCACGGUUUCAGUUUCAAGCCUACUUUUAAUCCUGCAGACAUCGUAAUGGACAUCAUAUCCGGCCAAGGCCACCGUCACAGGACCCUUCCGAGAGAAAAUGAAAUUCAAUACCUUAUUUCGGAAUGGCAGACAUCGAAGCCCUCGAAACCGCUACCAACCACUAACACGGCCGAAGAAUCAAAUGCGCUUGCAAAGACCAUUAAAAAGAGAGGCGCAUAUUGGUAUAAACAAGUAUGGUACUGUUUCGUUCGGUCUUUGAUACAGCAGCGUCGACAACUCUCUGAAUUCUAUCUUGAAAUAUUUGUUGGUGGUAUUGCGGGUGCAUUCAUGGGCCUAGCUACCAUGCGAGAUAAGGGACACUUGUUUCACGGAAUCUAUAGGGAACCUAAUGAACUUCUUAGCUCAGCUUUGAUGUAUAUCAAAAUCCCGCAACUUGGUAUGCUUACGUGCACGGCAAUCGGUAUAGCGGGGGGUCCAGGUGGAGUGAAGGUUUUUGGCGAAGAGAAACAAAUUUACUGGAGAGAAACUGCAUCGGGACAUAGUCGCUCUGCUUACUAUGUUGGAAAGGUGUUGUCAACCUUUUUCAGAAUAGCAUUCUCGGCACUGCAUUUUGUGUCCCUGUUCAGUCUGUUGGGGACACCAGCUAUGGACUUUGGACACAAUUAUCUUUGCUGUAUGAUGUACUUUUAUUGUAUAUACGGGCUUGCAUCCUGUAUGUCUAUGAUCACAAGACGUGAGAAUGGAGCGCUUGUGUCUGUUAUUGCCGGCUUAAUCACUGGAAUUACAUGCGGCUACGGACCUAGCCUUGCCGAUGUAAAGGGAUGGCACUUAGAAUGGUUUUGGAGAAUAUCUCCAGCAACUUGGUUUGUCGAAGCAUAUUUCACAGAAAAUGUGGAUUUGUUUUCGUACUUGUACGAUGUGGAGCAUGUAUCGAGGACUACAGGCUACACGUUUAAUAGGUAUGCAGUAGAUAUCGGAAUGAUGUUGGCUAUUGGGACUUUGUAUAGGGUUAUUGCAUACGUAGGAUUGAUUUGCCUGAGAAGGGAUAAGCAACGGUGA